AUGUUCAACGUCGCCACACUUCGUUACAUCCUAUCGCAUAGGCUAAAAAAGGCGUACACCGAGAUAUGCUCAAUGACUGUGACUGAAACUAGCGAUAUCGUUGUAGGUGCAUGGCCGGUGGAACAGCAAGUAUAG